CCAAGCAGUCGAAAUUUUUCGAUUUCUGACAAAUUCGUUGUUAUUAAAGUGAGUUCUCUUCUCUGAUGGAUAUUUAGAAUGGCCGAUUGCUCUCAUGAAGAUCAGAUGGAAGAGUUGAUUGCUCUGAAAUCAAUUUAUGAGGAUGAACUAACCGAAAUCUCGACGAGUCCACCAUGUUUCAUGUUGAGAAUUACAGAGUUAGAAAAGAACCUCAAAGGGCCAGUAUUUCUGAAACUCACAUACCCUCCAGAAUACCCAAAUGUAGUGCCAAGAAUUGAAGUUCCCAAUGGGUCUAGUGUCCUCACUUCAGGCGACCACGAAGGUUUAGUGGAGAAUCUCAAUCUAGUGGCUGAAGAAAAUGUUGGUAUGGUUAUGGUGUUCACACUUGUCGAGGCUGCCAAAGAAUGGAUCAAUAAAAAUGUAUCAGACUGUCAGCAGGAUAAUGAAGUGGAGGAAAGACAGGUUGAAGAAGACACUUCAGACUUUCUCAGUUCAGGGAUAAAGUUUACCGAAGCAAAGACCAAGGGAGGAAAAUGGGACUACGUCAUUGGGUUAGUUGGCAAGCCAUCUGCAGGGAAGUCAACCUUCUUUAACGCAGCAACAACUCUUGAGCUGGCCAAGACUGGAGCUCAUCCGUUCACAACAAUAGAGCCCAACAUUGGCAAGGCUUUCUACACAAUUCCCUGUCCUUGUUAUAAACUAGAGAAAAGAUGUGAUGCAGCUCAUGGCCAUAACUUCAAGGGAGAUCGUUACAUGCCCACAUUGCUGAAGGAUGUUGCUGGGCUAGUGCCAGGGGCGUCCGAUGGCAAAGGAAGAGGCAACAGAUUUUUGAAUGAUCUCGUUGAUGCUGAUGUCCUCAUUCAUAUCAUUGACAUCUCUGGCUGUACGAAUGAGAAAGGGGAAGCUACCGUAGGUUACCAUCCCUCGCUGGAUGUGCAAUGGCUUAACAAUGAAAUAUAUCGUUGGGUUUAUGACAACGUCAUGGGAAAAUGGGAUGCAAUACGAAGAAAGCCAGCAAAAUUGAUCGAUAUGUUUACUGGUUACCGAGCCAACAGAGCUAUGAUACACACAGCCCUCCAGAAUGCUGGUGUCAAUGAAAAGGAACUGGCCAAGCUCCCACAGUGGAAUGAUUGUAUCCUGGGAAAGGUUGUGACUGAGUUCCUCAGAUUACGCUUCCCAAUGCUCCUAGUCCUCAAUAAAGCUGAUACAGACACUGCACAUGAGAACAUAGUCAGCUUACAAGAGAAGUACCCGACCAUCCCUUCCAUCCCAGUGAGUGCCAUCAGUGAAUGUGAUCUCCAGCAGCUACAGAAGUCUGGUGUCAUACGUUAUGAAUUUGGAGAUUCAAACUACAGUAUUCUAACCAAGCCAUCUCAGCAGGAAGAGUUCCAACUCAACCAUGUCUCUAAAGAUGUCUUUGAAAGGUAUGGCUCCACCAAUGUCCACACUGCUCUCUGCCAGGCAGUGAGUUUGAAGUCCCCAGUCCAUGCUCUCCCUGUGGCUGACCUUGAUACUUUAAAGUCGAUACGAAAAGACCGAGAGGACCCGGGGAUAUUACGAGAUUGUAUUCCAUUGAAGCCGGGAACUACAGUAGAUGGAUUGUUUGAAGUCAUGAUACAUUUUCCCAUACAGCUGCUAGCUGGAGAUUUUGUCCGUGCUGAGACUUCGGAUGAAAAUGGGAAGAAAAGACAAGUGCCAAAACAAGAGGAGAUGAGUGAGACGAACAAUGUGAUCAGGAUUAUGAGCACAAGGAGAAGAUAACACGUAGUCCUAGCUGGUUAGGAGUUAUUCAGGCAUGGACUUUUUGCCUCGCUCGGAAAUUCAGGAAAGUGUUAAAAUAUUUGACAGAAAUGUUUAGGACUUUUCAGCAAGAUGUUUGUUGGGUAGCAUUCCCUCAAAAAUGAAAAGUUGCAUGUUCCAAUGAUAACUUCAAGCAAAGACUGUUGUAUUCUCAAGGCUAAUUUGUCAUGGUAUAAUGGUGCGCUGUCUUUGUAAUCUGGCCUCAGAUCUUAGAUAUACAUGUAUUAUGGCAGUUUAACACUGUGAUUAGUUAACCACUCUAGCUUUACAUUGUCACAACUGCGGUUUUAGUAAUUCUUUGGUAACGGUGCUUUCAAAGUAAAGGUCUAAAUAUAUUUAUUCAAUAUACAUUA